AUGAAGCUUAGCAGCUUCCUCGUCGGCGCCGCCGCUCUCGCCGCCUGCACAACCUUCGCCCAAGAUCCAAUCCCUCUAGUCUCCGAUGCUCAGCUUGCGAUUGGGGAUGUUGAUGCCACCGUUGCGCAGGACAAGUAUAUCCACUAUGCUUACCUGAACGAAAUGUUUUCGGGGCUAUCAACAGCGCAGUUCAACCUCACUAGCGAAAACGUCGCCCAGUCAAUGGAAGCACCACGGGUCUGGCCGCGUCCCAACAUCACCAGCUUCGAUUCGUGGUACUUCGACGCCGUCAACCCUCUCAACCUCAAUGAGUCCAUAGUCGUGAUCUUGUACUUGGCGACAAACGCAAGUUUCCCGCUCCGCUCGACGAGCUUCAACUCGGUCUCUGCAGACAUAUUCCUCAACUUCGCGGAUGGAUCUUCGGCGCCCAUUCAGAUUAACAGCACGCUCAGCCUCCAUCAGAAAGAUUGGGCCGCUAUUGUUAGUACUGCCAACGGCUCUGCUGGUGCAUCUGGGAACUGGCCCAAGGCUGGUGUUUCAUUCCAGGGUUGGACUGACGGCAGUCGGGUGCUUGUUCGCCUCAACGCGCCUGAACAUGGCAUCGCUGGUACUCUGGAUAUCCGGGCUGUUGCACCCGCUCACUACCCUUGCUCCAUGAAAGGCCAGGACGGCGAAACACUCGAAGCAGCCCACCGCAUCGGGUGGACAAACCUCAUACCCGAUGGCCAAGCGACCGUUAACCUUACCGCGGGCGCCCGCCAACUUCAGUUCACCAACGGAGUCGGUUAUCACGACCAAAAGUGGAGCGACCGCCCGUUUCAGGAGGGCGUGAAGGACUGGUACUGGGGUCAUGCUCGUCUGGGCGCCUAUUCCAUUGUUUGGCUACACUCCGCGAAUCAUGACGGCAAGACCUACAGUAACGCGUAUAUCUACCACAUUGGCUCGAAGGCCAGCCGCGUUACCUGUGGCAACAAGGAGAAGAGCCAGCCCAACCCGACCUUCAUUGCCCUGGAGAACUUCAAGGAUUACACGGAUAUUCGGUUCGCGUUUCCCGAGUCACUACCUUUCAAGAUGAGGGUGGAGAAGACGAAGAUUCUGGAUGCAUAUGGACCGUUUUCGCGGUGGUCUGGAAAGGUGUCAACGGAUCUUGUUGGUGGGACAAGGUUGGAGGGUUCGGCGCUGUUUGAGGAGAUUCAUUUCUGA